GUGAGAGAGAUUGGUAGUUGUUGCACCAGAUCCCUCUCCUCAGUCAUCACCAUUCGUUCACUUCUUCAAUACCAAAGUCCAUUCACUCCCUUCACCUACCAGCAAGCCGAUAAAUACCCUUUCUUUUUCGUAUUAUUUAUUCCAUCACUUCUCCAUUUUCUUCCUUAUAUACUACUUUAUCUCCUCUUCCUAUUUUCCUCAUCACCUCACUCAUCAUUCAAGUCAUGGAUUUCUUGCAAUCUUCAGAAAAUCAGAUACUUCUCGGUGUGGCCGUGGCCGUAGUGGCUGUGGGGAUUGGUGCUGUCUUUCUCUUUUCAUCUAAGAAGCGCAAAGGUGUCUUGGACCCGGAGAACUUUAAACAGUUCAAACUUGUUAAGCGUUCACAGCUGAGCCAUAAUGUUGCAAAGUUCACAUUUGCCCUCCCAACACCUACAUCUGUUUUGGGUCUUCCAAUUGGGCAACACAUAAGUUGCAGGGGUAAAGAUGCACAAGGUGAAGAGGUUAUCAAACCGUAUACCCCUACUACUCUGGAUUCUGAUGUUGGACAUUUUGAACUAGUUAUUAAGAUGUACCCACAAGGUAGGAUGUCUCACCAUUUCCGUGAGUUGCGAGUUGGUGACUUCCUUGCUGUGAGAGGACCCAAGGGACGUUUUAAAUACCAACCUGGUGAGGUUAGGGCAUUUGGCAUGCUUGCUGGAGGGUCUGGAAUCACCCCAAUGUUCCAAGUUGCUAGAGCUAUAUUAGAAAACCCUAAGGACAAGACCAAAGUACAUCUUAUCUACGCCAAUGUUACAUAUGAGGAUAUUCUUUUGAAGGAGGAACUUGAUGGUCUUACUUCUAACUAUCCAGAUCAAUUCAAAGUAUACUACGUCUUAAAUCAGCCUCCGGAGGUUUGGGAUGGUGGUGUUGGAUUUGUGACUAAGGAGAUGAUUCAAGAACAUUGCCCUGCUCCAGCUCCUGAUGUUAAGAUCCUGAGAUGUGGGCCACCACCUAUGAACAAGGCCAUGGCUGCACACCUUGAUGCUCUUGAAUAUGCUCCUGAGAUGCAGUUCCAGUUCUGAUUCUUCAUUGGGGUGAUUAACAUUGCAUGCAUUUCAUGGCCUUGGCCAUUGAAAAGCUCAGAACAACGAUUUGUUUUAUUUUUCCUGGCUAUGAAUAUGUGAAGCAUUGGACCAACAGUGCAUUUAGCACAGAAAUUCAGAGUUGAAGCCUGAAAUAAUUGAUUCUUGUAUGAAAUGAGAUUGAUAAUAUUACCCUGUUCUAGAGUUGCAAUUUAUAAAUUAGACUUAUUAGUUUUGACUAAAA